AUGAGCGAGGUUGGAGUAGAGGUCGACGAUGUUGGGGCAUUUCUGAAAGCACUCGUCGGAGCAGAGGCUGGCGACAAACCUGCGGUCGAGGAGGGAGUCGGACGAGAUGCCGAGGGCCCGACGGUCCACACCGCAGGCUCGAAUACACUUGUCGGUCUCAACGUGAACUUGUCGGCCACGAUCUCGGACGUGUCACAGUUGUACUCCUCCAACCCUGACCGGAGGAGGCGGCUCUCGAGCACGCACCGCUUGCCAGUGGAGGACACCGAGAAGGCGCACGAAUCCCGAUCAAGGUCCUCGCAUCGAAUAUUGCCAUCUAAUAGCAAAGAGAAAAGACAAAAAGUGACAAAAAAAUAA